AUGGAAGAAUUCGAGAAGCCAAAAUGCAAGAUGUGCUGGCUUGGAUGGAAAGAACCAAAGUACUCGAUUCCCAUCAGCCAUGUCUUCCAUAUCAUCGCCAACCAUCACGUUUCGGAAGAAGCUCUCACAAAAGCUCGAUUCAUCGCUGAAGAGGUCAACAUUUCGACGUCGUUCCCGUUCUUGAACUUUGAGAAAUCGCUAAAGGAAACGAUGAAGACGAAGUCGAAGAUGUUUUAUUGCAAAUUAUGUGACGCAUCGCUUUCUGAUGCUUCUACCUUUGUUCGACACUCUCGGCGAAACCACCUCGAUAUGCAUGAGAAGUAUGCAGCUGGGCAAAACCAACUUCUUCGCUGCCCAUUUGACUGUGCUGGCAUUCGUCUGAGCUCCCAACCAGGCUUCACUUUAUUGGACAAAGUAGUUUUUCAUUUUAUGGCUAUUCAUAGCGAUCGAGAUUCAAAACAAUGGAAAACCGAACUGAGAAAAUUUUACAAAGAAGGUGAAGAUGAUGAGGGUAGCGCUUUGCAACUGAGGCAAUCGAUACGCUUGAGGAAGUUUUGCUGUGCUAAAUGUGCCAAAGAAGGGAUCGAACAUCAGGCUUCUGAUUACAUUUCUUUCAACUCUCAUUAUCGCAGGAAACAUUCUGGUGAAUUCGACAUGGAAAACACGGAGACCGAAGCUGAAUAUCAAGCACGAAAGGUUGCUGAGGAAGAAGAAAAGCUCAAAACUGAUGAGAAAUAUCGGAAGCAAAAAGAGCUGGAGGAGUUGAGAAAGCUGAAGGCCAAGGAAAAAGAUUCAAAAAUGGCGGCAAGGCAAACGUUGAUUGAGGCACGUAAAGCUAAGUUGCUGGAGAAUGGUGGGACUCCGCAAAAACGGAAAGCGAAAAACCGAAGCCCUGUAGCAGCUCCAUCACCUGAAGUCGGACUCGCAUGCAGGUUUUGCAACUUCAGGGCCUUGACUUUAGUCGACUUGCGGCUCCAUUUUAUUCAAGAUCAUCCGGAUUUGGGUCAACGGUUUGGGGGAGGCAGUGGCGUAUCGGUGAUCAUGGAAAAAAGGCCAUCCAUUUGUGGAGUGUGCGAUGAGGAGUAUUCAAGUCGAGCGCUCUUGGUGAAACAUAUAUCUGAGUGCCACUCCAAUGAAGACAAAUGCUUCACAUGUUGGUACUGCGACAAGGUGUUUCAGACUGUCCAACGAGUGAGGGAGCACGAAAGGCGACAACAUGAGACCCCAUUCCUUGUCGAUCGCCAAGAUUUGAAGUGUCGUGAAUGUGACAUUUGCUUCACCAACAAGCACAAUCUCAACGAGCACCUUCGACGUCAUCGUACUCCAAAGUCCUCUCGUUAU